AUGGUGGAUACAAGAGGAAAGAAGAAGUUGAAGGAGGUAGAGCCGUCGAGGGUGACCAACCGUAUAGUAUUGAGGUCGCGUCGUGAGGAAGCCGAGAAUGAGCGUCGACGUGCUAGACUUGUGGAGAAUCCUUCUCCCCCGCCUCCCGUGCCUUUUGACUUAGAUACAGCUUUUGAGGGAGUGGAUGAGUAUGAUGGCAGUGAUGACAAUUAUGAUGACUUCCCGGAUGUAAAUGAUGCUUUCUUCGAGAGCAACCAUCCGAGUGCAGGUGGUUCUAGUGGACCUAGAUUAGAGCCCGAGGCUCCUUUUGUGUCUUCUUCGUCCUCUCAGUUUGUUCAUGUUAGACGUGGGGCUCGUGGUCGUUUUGAGUCAUCACGACCCGAUUCGGAGGAGGGCAGCACUAGUAAGAGGAAGAAGGCGAGAGAAGCUGAUUCGUGGAUUCUCGACAGGAGUGGGCCGGGGGGGCCUAUCGAUCAUAGCCUGAUUCCUAGUUUUGGAGGUCAUGUGGCUUAUCGAUUAUGGGAUGAUGGUUUAGGGGCUCGCCGAAUGGAUUCAUUCAAGUUGUCGACUAGAGCAUUGGCAGUCAAUUAUUUGAAAGAUUACAAAUUUCAGAGUGAGGGUGCUGCAGCAUUGGUUGAGAGGACAGGGUUGCGCAAGUUGUUGGACUGCUCGAUCCAGCACUUGGACGGACCUUUACUUGUGGCAUUUGUGGAGAGGUGGCAGCCUGACACCAACACCUUUCACAUGCCUUUUGGAGAGAUGACCAUCACGCUCCACGACGUUGCAGUGUUGCUUGGGAUUCCAGUCGGUGAAGAUAUGGUUGUAGGGAAUGAGAGUGUGAAAGCACAGUUGUGUGAGAUGCUGAGGGUCGAACAAUUGAAUGAACGAUCCAAGCCUUCGCUUAAGAGUGGGGGUUUAGUGUGUGUUGAAGCUAUGCAGCAGGUUGGGAGGUUUCGGGAAAGAGAUUCUGAGGUACGGAUGUUCUUGACCUGUUUGUUGGGGACCACCUUGUUUGUGGACAGGAGUGGGGAUCGGGCGCAGGUUUGGCCUCUCCAGUUCUUGGGGGACACUAGACGGGUGAGGAAAUAUUCUUGGGGGUCUGCUACACUCGCCUAUUUGUAUAGGCAACUCGGCAUGGCAUCUCGGGCGGAUUGCAAAGGCAUGGGUGGCUAUUUGACCCUCCUUCAGAGCUGGAUCUACGAGUACUUCCCGUGUUUACGAGAUCAGAAGUUGGGGACACGUGGAUUGGUGUGCGGGGAACCUUUUGCUAAGAAGUGGGAGGGGGUGAGAAUUGGAGGUGGGGCACAGUUGAUGAAUGAGAGGUUGGAUCACUAUCGUCGAGUACUGGAUAAUAUGACAGAUGAGUUCAUUUUUUGGUGCCCAUUCGGCCCCAGACCUGGUGAGAUGGUCUCUCGUUCUUUGUACUCUGGUGUCAUUCGGUGCAUGAGUGUUGAGGAGAUGUACGAUCCCUCGCGUUGCCUCCGUCAGUUUGGGUACGUACAGACCAUCCCCUCAGAUCCGCUUCCUCCAGUUGAUGUUUGCCGAUCUGCGAAUGUCAAGAUGUACUCCUUGUCCUACGGUCCCGGCUUGAGUGAGCUUUGGAAGGCCCCUCAAUGCCACUCGGUGCAGUUGGAUUCGAUAUCGAGACCUGUUCAAAAACCGGAAGAUACCGAGGAUGGGUAUCUACAGUGGUAUAUGGGACGUACCCACCCGAGGAUCGUCUGCCCCAGUGCUGCUGACCAGGAGAUACACCACCAUCUUAGUCAUGAUCAGUUAGCUGUGAAGCUCGUCCGAGAGUUUCGCACUGUGAUUGAGCACCCUUAUGAUGACCACCUUGAUCUUCUUCUUGGAUUACAAGGGUUGCUUAAAGAGUACGACGAGGCGACUCCAUACCAGCCUCCACCUCAGUACUAGUGUUGUUCAUGUAGUUUGAGUACUAUGUAGUUUAUUUCUAUUUGGAGAACUAUGUCGUUAAUUU